AUGUACCUGUUGCCUUGGUUCGAUCCUCGUCGUCGGGGUCAUCUUGUUCCUUCUCCCAUUCGCCCUUCUCCCACCGAGGGGAUUUCAUACAAAGCGCUGCAGGAGAUACUGCAAACGGUUCCCACCGAGAAGAAGAUUAGAGAAUGGAGCCAAUAUUAUACCUCCGGGCCGCACUUGGCCGGGAAGAAUUUCAGCCAAGCCCUGUGGACGAAAGAGCAGUGGGAUGGAUUUGGGCUUCCAAAGACAAGCCUUGUUUCGUACGAUGUCUAUAUCAAUUAUCCCGUUGACCAUAGACUGGCCUUGAUCGAGAAAGAGGGAGAACACUCCAAGGUUAAGUUUGAAGCGUCACUGGAGGAAGAUGUUUUGGAUGACGACUCUACUAGUGGCCUGAAUAACCGCAUUCCUACCUUUCACGGCUACUCUGCUAGCGGAAAUGUCACGGCCCAGUAUGUAUAUGUCAACUAUGGUACAUUCUGGGAUUUCGAGGACCUCGUCAAGGCGAAUGUCAGUCUUGAAGGCAAAAUCGCAUUGGCAAAAUAUGGAGGCGGUUUUCGGGGCCUCAAGGUCAAGCGUGCCCAGGAGUUGGGUAUGGUUGGCGUGGUUAUUUACUCUGAUCCUCAAGAAGACGGAGAAAUCACAGAGGAAAAUGGAUACAAAGCCUAUCCCGAUGGUCCUGCUCGAAAUCCAAGUGCCGUGCAAAGAGGCAGUGUCAAUUUCUUAAGUCAACUCCCCGGCGACCCUACCACUCCAGGUUACCCUUCCAAACCAGGCUGUCAUCGCGUGGAUCCAUAUGAUUAUAUCCCCUCGAUUCCAUCACUGCCACUCUCGUAUGAAGAAGCUAUACCCCUGCUAAAGGCCCUCAAUGGACAUGGACCGGCUGCCAAAGACUUUAAUGAACGCUGGCAAGGAGGUGGCCUUUCGCAUAAAGGGGUAAAAUACAAUAUCGGUCCAUCUCCAGAGAAUCUUGUUCUUAAUCUUUAUAAUGAACAGGAUUAUGUGACAACGCCUCUGUGGAAUGUUAUUGGUACUAUCCCUGGCACCAUCCCGGAUGAAGUUAUCAUCAUGGGCAAUCACCGCGAUGCAUGGAUUGCAGGUGGUGCAGGGGAUCCAAACAGCGGGUCCGCUGCUCUCAAUGAAGUCAUCCGCAGUUUAGGAGAAGCUCUAAAAGCCGGCUGGAAACCUUUACGAACAAUUGUUUUUGCUAGCUGGGACGGUGAAGAGUAUGGGCUCAUUGGCUCCACGGAAUGGGUAGAAGAGAAUCUGUCCUGGCUCUCUAAAGCGAACGUCGUAUACCUGAACCUGGAUGUUGCAACCACGGGUCCCAAUUUCAAAGCCGCCGCUAGCCCACUUUUGCACAAAGCACUGUUUGAAGCCACAGGCCUCGUUUUAUCCCCAAAUCAAACUGUCAAAGGGCAAACGAUUCGGGACGUUUGGGACAAGGACGUGGAUCCCAUGGGUAGCGGUAGCGACUUUACUGCAUUCCAAGAUUUUGCCGGCGUUGCCAGCAUUGACAUGUCAUUUGCGGGGGGUAAAAAUGACCCCGUUUAUCACUAUCACUCCAACUACGAUAGUUUCGACUGGAUGGAACGCUUUGGAGACCCAGGUUGGCAUUACCACGUUGCCAUGACCAAAGUAUGGGCUCUGAUGGCCGCCUAUCUUUCUGAAAGCCCCGUCGUUGCCCUCAAUGCCACCGAUUACGCUGUUUCGUUACACCACUACCUCGAUUCCGUCAAGCGAGUAGCUGCGAAGUCUGCGGUCCCACCAUUCAACUUCCAACCCCUUGAAGAAGCUAUGGCCAGCUUCCACGAUGCCGCAACCGAAUUUGAUGCCUAUACUUCCUCGCUGACCGCCCAUCUGAAGGAUGACUUUCCAUGGUGGCAGUACUGGAAGAAAAUCGUCCUGUACUUCAAAAUCCGCGCGGCCAACGACAAGUAUAAAUUAAUUGAGCGGAAAUUCUUGUACUCUAGUGGCCUGGAUGGCAGGAACUGGUUUAAGCACGUCAUAUUUGCUCCUGGCCGGUGGACUGGAUACUCUGGAGCGACGUUUCCGGGUCUAGUGGAGAGUUUCGAGGACGGAGAUGUGAAUAAUGCAGAGAAAUGGCGAGAUAUCAUUAAGGAGAAGAUCGAUGAUGCGACAGACUUGUUGAAAUGA